UGCAGCUGCAAACCGCCCGUCACGGCACGCAGUCGUUUCCAACAAAUCCACCGCUCCCAAACACCGCCCGUUCCCAUUCGCCAUUCCCCACCGACUCGUCUCCAAGUUCCCGAUCCGUCCAUGGCGAAACCCCUCCUCCUGCUCGCCCUCUUCGCCGCCACCCUCGCCGUCACCGCUGCGCUGGGCGGCCGCGACCCCGGCCCGAUUGUCGGCGGGUGGAGACCCAUCGAGGACGUGACGGAUCCGCACAUCCAGGAGCUCGGCGGGUGGGCGGUCACGCAGCACGCCAAGCUGGCCAGCGACAGGCUGCAGUUCCGCCGGGUCACGCGCGGCGAGGAGCAGGUCGUGUCCGGGAUGAACUACCGCCUCUUCGUGGACGCGGUGGACGGCGCUGGGACCAGCGCGCCGUACGUCGCGGUCGUCUACGAGCAGGCCUGGACCCGCACCCGCGAGCUCACCUCCUUCAAGCCGGCCGCCAACUUCUGAUCCGCCCGUCACCGCCGCGCAUGGAUCUCGAUCUGCAGCUAGCCAACGCAUGAGCUCCGCUGGUUAAUCUCAUCUGCCUGCGUCCUUAAUUUGGUACCGUAGUGCGAGCGGUUUUACUUUCAGUCGUGAGGGUUUUUUUUUUUUUUUUUUGAACACUCCAUUUUUAUUGAUCUAGCAACAUCUUACAAAGACAAGCGUGCAUUGAGACACGCAAGACAUUGAGGUUACACCUGCAUUUAGACAAGCUCCAUUGUCUGUACGUAAGCAUCUGAAACUAAAAGGUCUAUUCUGGAGUUUAAGAGCUAAUCUAGCAUGAUGAUGUGCUCUGAAAUUGUUGCUCCUAGAAAUAUGAAAGACCUUCGAGGCAUCGAAGGAAGAGAUAGCUGCCAUGUGAGCAAGUUGUGGCCUGAUUGUCCAAUGUCCUGGAGCGAGAUGCAGAUCCUGAGCAGCAGCAGCAGUUGCCAAAGUGGCAUUGUCCGUUAAGUAGGUUGGUUGCUGAAUGUGAAGCAGCUCUACGAGCUGGCUUGCAAGCAACAAACCAAAAGCUUCAGCCUGAAUAGCUGAUGAGGCUGGCGGUGAGAUGGCCGAGAUGCAAAUCUGGGAGCAAGUCCUAUCACCGCAAAUCUGCAUAAAAAUACCUAAACCCGCAGGUGCCGGCUGGCCGUCAAGUCCUGGAGACCAAGCAGCGUCAGAGAAAAUGAUGGAUCCUGAUAUGGUUGCGAUGUUCCUGACUGUAGCCCCUGGUGAUGGAGUCAUGUGCUGAACGGACGCAACCUGCAGUUGUAUGGUAUCAUCUGAUGAUGCUUCAGUUGAAUUACGAUCUUGAAAAGAGUUUGCAUCUUCUAAUUUGGUUCCCUGGAUAAUUGCAUUUGCUGCCGCGAACACCUGAUAAGGACUGCAACGUUUCCUGCAAAAGAGUGCGUUGUUCCGAGCUUUCCAAAGACACCACAAGAAAGUGUAUAAAGAAGUGGUAUUAAUAUGUGGGUGCCUUGAAUUAAUAAGAUACUGAAUCAUGUCAGGAACUGAAUGAUGAUUUGCAGCUAUCAGUUCAGUUUUAAUAUACCAAGGUGAAGAAAACCAAGCUGCCUUAGAAAAUGGACAGAGGAAGAGCAUGUGCAUUUCAUCUUCAACGUUACCACAUUGAGAGCAAUUUUCUUUGAUAUGUUGAGAGAACUUACUCGCUCUCUUACCAGUAGGAAGAGCUCUCCUAAGAAGUCUCCAGGCAAAAGUCUGAAUUCGCGGCGCCAUCUGCUUAUCUUGCCAGACCUGAUUAAGAAGGGCUAUGGUUUCCUGCGGAACAAUCUUCGGACGUUGUCUUGGAGGAAGCUGCAGAUUGUUGAAGCAGUGCCUAUAUGCACUUUUAGAGGACCAAUUACCUGCAGGGGUUAGUGUCCAAACCAAAGUAUCUUGUCCAGACGCAUUAAUUAUAGGUGUUUGAAGAAUUGCAUUUGCGGUUUGUGAAGUGAAUAGUGAAUUGAUUAAGCUAGCAUUCCAUUGCUUUUGACCAGGAAUCCAAAGAUCUUUCACUGUAGCAGGAUAGCUGAAAGGCUGAUCUUGUAUAACAAGAUGAUCAUAUAUGUCUUCCCAACCUAGAAACCAGGGAGAGCUCCAGAUCGAGCUGCUACCAUCAACAAUUUGACAAAUGGAGGCAGAUACUAAAAGAGGUUUUACCUUGAGAAUUGCAGCCCAAAAAGCAGAUUUUGGUUUAUCUGGCUUGGCUCUCCAGAUGGAUGUAUCAUGAUGAUAUUUUGCCUUGAGAAUCUGGGCUAUUUGGCUUUGUGGCUCCUUUGCUAGUCUCCAAGCUGCCGAGAGGAUUAGGCCUUGAUUAAGUGCCUGCAAAUUUCGAACACCGAGGCCACCAAUAUUUUUUGCAAUACAAACAUCAGCCCAUGCUCUAAGGCACAAGCUUUUAGUAGUUUGAUCAUCUCGAACACCUGUCCACCAGAAAUUCCUUAUGAUUGCCGUUAAUUUCAGUCGUGAGGUUUUGUCGACCGUGUGAGGUGCACUUCAUCCUGACUACAGUAUUUGCUACUCGUGCUAGAGUAAUACUGGUAAAUAAAUUGCGAGUGAUCAACAAAUGAUGUAGCGGACGGUUCA